UUUUUAGCUUCUCGAGUAGAGUAUUUAGUUUUAUUUUGUGUUAUCAUUUGAUUUGAUUAUUAAAAUGUAUAUGUUUAUAGACGCAAUAGAGCUAUUAGAUGAAUUAUAAGUGCACUUACAGUGUUACAUAAACUAGCGCUCAGCGGUCCUGAUGCAUACAACUACAUAAUACGUCAGUGAAUAAAUGGUGGCUAGAUAAUGGAUGUGGAUGCGCCGAACAUAUUGAAGCGGUGCAGCAGCGCACCGUUGAUCAAUGAGGUGGCAUCGACGACGGCGACUUCGCCCACUACUACGACAACGCCUAGGAGUACGUCGAUCUUCAGCAGCUUCAGCAUGUUCUCCAACAACAACCUGAAUCUGCGCACGCGACGGCACAGCGGCAGUUUCAGCCCUUUAGCCACGCCACAUAGCCCUAAUAACUGUUGGGGCCCCCGCGCGCCGCGCGUCAACCAGCUGCGCCUGGAGGAGUGCGCCGACGUCAGCAACACGCGGGAGGUCGCCCACGAGAGGGAGGUCCACUCCGCCAUGCAACUUGGCCAGUCUUGUGAGGACCUCACGCUGCCGGGCUUGUCCAACUCACCGACUAGAGUUACUAGGUUACCUCAAGUGGUAUCCCCGUCGCCCACACGUAAGUACAUGACGCGGCGGAGUCUGUCCCCCAUCGCCAUCCGCGCGUCCAGCUUCAGCCCCGUCACGCUGCGCAAGCGUCGCGGCGACGAGCCCGACUCGCCCCUCCCCAAGCGCAUGUGCGACCGCCUCACCCCCUCCACGCCAGGCACACCGGGCACGCCCGGCACGCCCGGCACGCCAGGCACGCCAGGCACGCCGGACUCGGACUCGCUGGAGUGCACGUUCCGGCCGGUGUCGCCGCGCGCCGCCAUGAGCGAGAACCACAAGAGUGAGAAUACUAGCUAAUAGAUUGUGGGGGCCCGGUGUACGGAAUGCGAGACUCGCCCGGUUUGUUUCCAGACGUUAAAAAGCUUAUUACAAAUAUAUCGGAAUGUUUACGUUAAACGAACGUACCCUGUUUCGUGAAAAGCAAAUAGUCGUUUAUAGAACUUUAAAUGACGGCAUGCGACGAGUUGAUUUCUAGUAUUUUAAAGCAAAUCAUAUUCUAUUGCUAGCGUAAUGGAGACAUGCUGGGUUUUAUGCAUUAUACUCAAUGCAAUUACGAACCGACGAUAAAACACACCAAAACAUGUCUGAUUUGAGAUAUACGUCGAUUUUGAAAUAUCACUUUUAAAUACAAUUAAAAUAUUGGUACUUGCAUGAAUAUUUGCAUAAGUUCGUCGUCAAAUUUCGUAAAUUCGGGCGGUGGUAGUGUAAAGUGUAAUAUUGUAUAGGGUUCUACGCGUUAUCCAAUGUUUGUAGGCUAGGACGGCGUAUUCUAAGGAGACCACGCCAUUGUGUGGGCAUUACAUAGACAAAUAGAUAUCUUUAGUUUUCAGUUUGACUUGAUUUACUCUUUCUACGUAGUUUUAGUACGGGCUGUUCAAAAACUGUACGCAAGUUUACUACGCACUUCAACAUUUUCAACUAAAAAUCACAUUUUCGGUUGUCUAUGUAAGGUUGAUUUCAAAUUGAAGCUUUAUAGAAAUAGCAUCUUAUUGACAACGACCAAUAAGUGUCCUUUUGGUUGAAACCGGCAUAUUUCAGACCCAUUUCCACAAUACGAGUUUCUUGUACUAUUUGGGGAAAAAUUACGUUAUUGUAGUCGUCGUCAGAUUUAUCGGAGCGGCCAAUGUGCUCACAAAUAUCUGAACACGCCUCUAUUGUCAAGGCGUUAAGAGUGCGUGUUCAGAUAUUUUUGAGGACCUAGGCUGCUACGAUAUAAUGUCCAAAAAUACUCGUGAUUUUCUGUGAAACUUAUGUAGAAUGGAAAGUCAUAGAUUUACUAAGAAAUGUUUUGUUUUUAUUUGUUUUACUAUAAAUUGUUUUUUCUUGUUUGUCUAAAUGUAUAAGCCCCCACGAUAGCGUAGUCUCCCAAUAAUUAUCUAGCUAAUGUAAACGUAGCUUUUAGGACAAACGGGAGCCCUAAAUAGCCAAAGCAUCCAAAACUUUACUGUACAUAGGUAGUCGCGUUGCUAUAUUGAACGCUCUGUAUAUAAUUUAUUGUAAGUUUUAGCUGUUAUGUUCAAGUAUUUCGAAGUGUAGGUUGAUUCGAAUAGUUUUUGUUUAUUUCCAUACAGGGAUCAGGAGAAUCAAAUUGAAUGUCGGUUUCAGCAGCAUCUAAGAUCUUAUCUUCAUAAUCUUUUUAAAUGGAGAAACUCCUGUAGUAUUUACAUAAGAAGUCACGAUAUAAACCAGAUUUAUGAGAAAUUUCUUUUAGGAGAUUUUCUUCAGGGAUAAAUACUUAUAACGUUUGCACACGGUGCAUGUAACAUGUGCAAGUUGAGGGUGUUUGCGUGGGUUAUAUGCAUCGUGUAAACAAUAAUAUAAAGAAUCAUGCGGUUUCAACGACUUCUGCAUGUCCCAGCACAUGUCUUGAGCAAAUAAACGGGCUAUAGUCUUUUUCAAACACGCAGGUAUGGAAAGUAGCGAGGAACAGAAACUCUUUAGGCAGAAUUAUCGCAAAAGUGUCCAGCUGUCAGCUAUAAAUAAUAGUUCCAAAUCUCUCCAGAGUAGCGCUAGAGUUAUGGAAGGUAGAGGCAAGGAACAAAAUCUCCAUGUAUAGUCAAGUGUAAAAAUAUGGGUGUACAUUGUUACUCAACAAUAUGUCCCAUAGCAUCUUAUUCCAGUGUAAUAAGAGCGUAGUACCAUAUUUAUGAGACGAUUCUUUCGAUACAUAUUUUUGCACUUGACUGUACCAAAAAGUGUCCGACAAAAAACCAUAAAUAGGUGGCGCUAAAAUACCUAGAAUACUUGAGAAAAAAAACUAAUCAUAGACAGCUCACUUCACUCCGUCAAUAGCGCCUAGGUUCUUAGCUACUCUAGCGCUACUCUGGAGAGAUUUGGAACUAUUAUGUAUAGCUGACAGCUGGACACUUUUGCAACAGUUCUACCAUAAGAGAUGUCACUCCUCUUAAUUCCACACUCCAUACGUUUAAAUACGGAAGGUGGAGGUAAGGAAUUAAAUCUCCAUGUACCAAAAAGCGUCAUCAAUAAACAUUAAAUAGGUGGCGCUACAAUACCUAGAAUACUUGAAAAGAAAAUCAAAUUAUUGAUAGCUAUAUAAUAACUGUUCUACCAUAAGAUAUUUCACUCCUUUUAAAUCUACACUCCAUACCGUUUAAACAAGACUAUACUUAGUACAAAUUAUUUGUGCAAGCGGCCACACAAUGUACAAUAUAUAACGUGCGCCGUGUGCAAGCCAGUGGCCAGUUACAGACAAUGUUCAAUAUAUAACGUGCGCCGUGUGCAAGCCAGUGGCCAGUUACAGACAAUGUACAAUAUAUAACGUGCGCCGUGUGCAAGCGCCAUCAGAGCAAUCUUACCCUUCGUUAAAUUUAAAAGUUUCUAGGACUUCUAGAUGUUUAGGCCUGCUGAAACGUCAUUGUUAGGUUUAAAUUCAAUUUCUCACCGGUAGGUUUAGUACCUUAGUUCAGUUCGUCUUGCGUUGUGUUUGUCACAUGAAACCAUAUCUAUAAUAAUUGUAUUAUAACCAUAGCGUAGAAAUAAUGAUGAAUAGCUAUUUUGCACUGUUGACUCGAUUCUCAGGCUACCUAGAAGAAUAAAUGAUUAUGUUGUGAUUAGUAAUUUUCAUACAGAAAAUUUCAUCUCAAAUAAUUAACCUAGAAGGCCGAAUGAUUGAACCGUGUUUUUUAAAUUAUUUUAUAAGACCAAAACUCCGCUUUCUUAUUUACUAAGAUAAGAAAAAUUGGGUAUACAGCGUGGAAAAAAUUUAUGGGCCCUGCAAUGGCAGCAUGGUUCCAUUUUUAUCGCUUGUCACUAUGCCCGUCACUUUCGUGCUUACAUACUUGUUAGAACGUGACAGGCAUGGUGACAAAUGAUAAAGAGCCGACCAUCUUAGCCCUGCUGGAGGGAAAGUACCGUUAAACCUUAAACUAGCUCAUUUUACGUAAAGGAAACAUUAUUUUAUUUUUAAUAAGAAAAAAAUAGCAUUCAGUUUUUUUUUACAAUUCGCUUGUCUAAAAAUAUUCUGUGUACAAAUUUUCGAUUUUAUGGAUAUUUUGUACGACAGACGAGUGUAAGACCUAAUGUUUCUUGGGGAUAUUUUAACAUUAACUCUAUCGAGUUGUGGAAUAAAACAGCGAAUUUCCAUUUUUUUUUUAAAUUUUUAGUCGGUUCAAAUCCCGGAAGAAACAAGCGAUUUUUUUUUAAUAGUGUUGUUUCUUUUUAAGAAUAUAAUAAUGUUUCCUUUAAGUAAACUGAGCUAACGUAAGGUUUUAAGGCACUUUCCCUCCAGGGCUCACUUUUUUCCACCCGGUAUCAAUAGAACCUUUUAUUGUUAUUGCGCUCGCGGUAUCCCGGGGGAUUUUCCCUAGGUGAUCUGCGCUGCGCUCCGCCGGUUUGCGCAGGCCUUCAGGGAAUAUUAUGGGGAAAUUUAAUGUUACAUGAAGCUUACCUAUCCCUACAAGAUCAUUUAUUCGUAACAGUUUUGAAUGAUUCACGGUUGGUUUCACUACACUUAAAUCGACCGGGAUAUAAACAGUGAUUACCUUUUAUAUUGUAACCACACAUACACCUCACGCAUACACACGCGCGCGCACACACAUACACACACACAUGUGGCUUCAAUUAGUUAUUUAGCUCCUUUCUAUUUAAUAAAAUUCAAAGUUCCUGUUACGUAAAAUGUAACUUAAUUAAUUUUUUAGUUAAAUUUUUGUUUCUUUUAACCAUUGUUUUGUUAUUGUUAAUUAGCAAACCAGUAAGGAAGAGCGGUGUAUCUUGACACAGGUAUCUUGUAUACUUAAAAAGAGACGCCAACCUGCAUAUUGUUAAGUUAUGAAGUUACUGAAUAAAU